UAGAGCCCACUGGACCUUCUUCUUCACAGGAAAAAUGAUAGUUCGUGUUCACUUUCACUCCUUCCAUUACUAACCUUCAACAAACGGAAGAGGAAAAGACCGUUACAACGACUUUCAUUUUCCCGCCACAAUGCGACUUCCCCGAGAAAACCCGUUUCCCAUUCCAAACUUGGUGCUCCGGAAUCAUCCUCGCGUUUCUUUCGGCUGCGCAUACCUCUCCACCACCGUCUACAUCGUCCUCUACGCCUUCUAUCUCCUCACGAUCUUCGUCUUCUCCGCGCAACUACUCUCUCUCCUCCAGCUCGAUUUCAAUGCGCACCGCGCGCCGCCGUUCUCCUCCGGCGUGUUCCACUCGCCGGAGGAGGCCUUCCGCUUGGACUACGACAGGAUGGAGGAGGAGUUCAAGGUGUUCGUGUAUCCCGACGGAGAUCCGGAAAUUUACUUCCACACGCCGAGGAAACUCACCGGAAAAUACGCCAGCGAAGGCUACUUCUUCAAGAACAUCAGAGAGAGCCGUUUCUUCACCGAUGAUCCUCGUCGAGCUCACCUCUUCUUCCUUCCUAUUUCUUGCCACAAAAUGCGAGGCAGAGGGUUGACAAACGAGCGAAUGAUGGAUGAAGUAGAGAAGUACGUGGAGCGCCUAAAGUUUAAGUACCCUUACUGGAACAGAACCUUGGGUGCUGAUCACUUUUUUGUGACUUGCCACGAUAUCGGAGUGAAGGCUACCAAAGGAGUUCCACAUCUGGUGAAAAAUUCGAUACGAGUGGUUUGUCCAUCAAGUUAUGACGACGAUGAUUAUAUUCCACAUAAGGAUGUUGCUCUCCCCCAAGUGCAGCUGCCAUUUUUUCACCCUCCAGGAGGGAAUGACAUCAAGAAUAGGAACACCCUUGCUUUCUGGGCUGGUCGUUCUGAUUCUAGAUUGAAAAUUGAAUUAAUAGCUACGUGGGACAAUGAUACUGAACUUGACAUCCAGAACAGCAGAGUCGACCUUGGAGCGACUGGGCAAGUGGUAUACAUGGAGAAACUUUAUAAAUCCAAGUUUUGUUUGUGCCCUCAUGGGCCUAUCGGCAGCAGUCGUAUCGCAGACUCAAUCCACUAUGGGUGUGUUCCAGUUAUCAUGUCAAACUAUUAUGACCUGCCUUUUAAUGAUAUUCUGGAUUGGAGGAAAUUUUCUGUUAUACUGAAGGAAACUGAUGUUUAUCUUCUCAAAGAUAUUCUCAAAAGCAUAUCCGAGAAACAUUUCAUGACAUUGAAUCAGAACUUGGUGAAGAUCCAGAAGCAUUUCAAGUGGAAUACACCUCCAGUCAGACUAGAUGCGUUUCAUAUGGUCAUGUAUGAACUCUGGCUGCGCCGCCAUCUGAUUAUGUAUUAACAUUUUCAAUAAACUCACGCACUGUUAUGGAAAGCAAGGAAUUGUUUCUGUACAUAAAUGUUGAUUCACCACUCCUGACCUCAAGUUGGAGAAUCCCUAGAACAAUUGUAACCUGAAUUCAAACUUGUUUUACCACGAGAA